AUGAUAUUGGAUGUACUCAAAAACAAUUUUGAAAAAAAAGGGGAACCUUUUUAUAGCAAUAAAAUGAGAACUAGCAUCGAAAAACAGAACAAAAAGAAGAAGAAGAAAAAGAAAAAAAAUUUCUCGUUCCAGGAUGAGAACGAAAAGGAUAGCACAAAGGUAGAGAGCACAGAUGAUGCAAAUUCACUCACCGAAAAUGAAGCACAUAGUAAAAGUGAACCCUCAAGUGGUGGAAAGGAGGAUAGCCUUCUUCAAAAUGCAAAGGGUAGAAACGCCCCCCUAAAGACGACAACAACAACGAUGAAUAAGAAGAAGAAGAAGAAGAAAAAGAAAAACGCAUCGAAAGGACUGUAUCCAAACGUGAAGGGGAAGAACACAAAUUAUGAAGAAAACGAAAAGGAAGAUUUCACGGAGGAUAUUUUUGAAAAUGAGAAUUUUGACGAGCUACAAUUUGUGGAGGACGAAAAUGUGGAAUACAGAACUUAUAAUUCCUUCUCCAAUGCGGGGUUCAAACUGUUAAGUAAAUACUCAGUCGAUGAUGCAAAGGAGGAAUUCACCAAAAGGAAGAAAAAGAAAAAAAGACAAGGACAAGAGGAACAAAAGGGACAAGGAAGCUACGAAAAGUACAAUUUCAACCAUGAGGAAUCAUUUAAAGGUAAUCACAACGAGUUCGACUCGGAUAUCAUCAAAUUUUUAAAUAGGAAUAAAAAGAGCAUUGAUUAUGACAAACGAAAUGGGCGUCCCUUUCAAAAAGAAGACGCCUACUCGUAUGACGCCAGUGAACGUUAUGGUGGGAAGAGGGGAAAACAGAAACAGCUGCAUGAUAUUCGGGAAGACAAGGAUAACUAUGAACAUUACCGGGAAGAAAAUGCGGACUAUUACGACCGCGAGGAGGACCAAAAUGGUGAUGAUCAAAGUGGUGAAGAUCAAAAUAGUGAUGAUCAAAGUAAUGACGAUCAAAGUAAUGACGACCAAAGUGGUGGCAGCCAAAGUAAUGACGACUAUAAUACCAGCGCAUCGCAGUAUAAAUACCAACGCAGCGGCGGCGUAAAUGGAAGCGGUAAAUUCAAAGGAGGUGGAUCACUGGGGCAGGAGGAUGAUGAAGACGACGAAGAAGAGGAAGGUGAAGAAGAUGAAGAAGAAGAGGAAGGUGAAGAAGAUGAAGAAGAAGAGGAAGACGAUGGCGACGAUGACAACUAUGACGACGAGAAUGACGGUGACCCCCUUGACCAGGAGGAGGAAACCAACACGGAAGACCCAAGCUGCAGACCCCCCCUCGCAAGCGAGUUCAAGUACCAAAACAUCCCAGCGGGGGGACACAUCUAUGAUAAAAGGGAAGACAGUUAUUUUGAAAAUGAUGAAAACACGUGGAAUGCCACCAAAUAUAACCCCACGGAACGCACAUACGGAGGUGAAAAAAGGCAUGAAAUAAAUCUCAGGCACAGCGGGAGGAGGGGGGAAGAAAACCCCAAAGUAGAGUACCUCGAAAAAACGAAAAAUAAAAAAUCUGUGAACAUAAACGUAAGCGAAAAUAAUUUAAAAAAAAGUAGCACACCCUAUGGAAGGCAAUACAACAUACAGAGGAGUGCUAUGGAGGGAAAAUCAUCCCUGAGGAACGCCUUGAAUAUUGGGAACCCCAACCUCAGUAAGGACAAGUACAAAUUUAAUCUUCCUAAUGGGGAAGAUAAGCUAAUUAAGUUUAAUAUAGGUGCCUACACGAUCAACAACAACAGGAGCAAGCCAAUUCACAAAGAGGAGAGGAUAAGUGCAUUCGACUACAUGCUUCAUUCGUCAAACCUGAGUGUGCACGCAGGGACCAAUGACUACUUUUUAAAAAGAGGGGCGGCAGAACAAGCAGAACAAAUAGAAAAUGACUACACAGAUAGCCACUUCAGCCAAGCGGGGCAAAUACUCCAACCACUCAGGGAGGAAACGCAGAAAGCGCAGAAGGAUCCCCACGGGGAAGAGAAAAAAAAACAUAACAUCAAAAGCUUCCUAGACAAAAUAAAGCACAGGAAAAACAACGAAGAUAUGCUUAAACGGGAACAUAGCAAAUAUGAUCAUGCCGAGAGGAGUGACAAAAAGGACAAAUUCAAAAUGAAGUUCACGGAUAUUCUUCAUGGACGGACGUUGGGCAAUUUUUUCCACCGCAACAAAAGUAGCGCCGCGAAGUCUUUGUCCCCGCAGAGAGAGAGGGACGCCAGCGUCGAACCGUGCAUCCAGUCGAACGGCGUAGAGAAGUUCGGCUGGCUUCACGGGGGCAGAUCCAACACCAAGCGCAAUGAUCAGCUUCCUCUCCACCAAAAAACAACACUCGCAGAGCCGCCCAUGAUAAAAGACGAGAUGGAACAUUACAGCGCAGGGGGCGCGGUGAAAAUUAUGGACACCUUUUCGAACCAAGAGAAAGCCAUCAAUGACGGUACUAUUAUGCAAAGUGGCCGAAGGGUAUAUGACAAAAGGGGAAGUAAGAACACGCCGGAGUUUUCCUACAAAGGGGGCUCCUCACCCAAAGAACCGAUUUCUUCCAAAGUGGGUCCCGUCACAUGGGAUGGAAGAAAAAACGACAUUGGGAAGACAUCCGACAGGAACAAGAGGAACCCUAAAUUAGAGGACUCCAAAGGGAUCAGCUCAAACGAUAUAAUGAGUGGAAAAUACAGCAGGAAAUAUGACGCAAGCAGGCACGACUUGGAUGCAGACACGGAUAGGAAGGUGCCUGGAGGGGAAAAUAUUACACACAGCAUAUAUCAACAAUUCUACUAUAGAAACCCCCUUGGAAAUGAAAAUAGAAUAGUUCAAUUUGAAGGGGAUCCAAAGAGGGGAAGACAAAUUACAUUACAGGGAGGAAACGGAAGGGACGAGGAGUCAGAUGUAAAAAUGGAACAAACGUUAAACAGAAAAAUGAUCGAGAACAAUGAACUGAAGAAAAGGAAUGAAAAUAAUGAGGAAGUGUUGGCGACCCCAUUUUAUAUAAAAAGCAAAAUUGACAAGGUUCUAAAGAAUAGCGAAAUUUUCGAACGAUCCGCAAGAGCCACCUUUCAGCAGUUUGAUGUGAAAAAUAAAAACUUCCUGCAUUUCAGCGAAAUCGAGUCACUGAUUCAGAAGCUCUGCUUCAAUUUGGAGCUCCCCCCUGUGGAUAAGAACAUCCUGUCCAUCGUCUACAAAGACUACGACAGCAGCAAGAACAACAGCAUGAACUACACCGACUUCAGGCAGAUGUACUGGGACCUGCUGAAGCAGAUCAAGAAAAAGUAUUACCCCACGAAAAAUUUAAAAAUAAAAAGAAACUGCAUAAUCAGCAGGAAAAAGUUAGGAGGGUAUGACUACUCAUCGAUAUACAAUUAUCUGAGUUUUAAAAAAAUCCUGGGGUGUGGUGCUUUUGGGGAAGUACACCUUGUGGAAGACAACAUAUGUAAGCUUUACAAAGUGGUGAAAAUAUUAAAAAAAAAAAAAUUAAAAAACAUAAAAAUUAACGAAGAAAUUAAUGUACUCAUAUAUUUAGAUCAUCCAAAUAUUAUAAAAAUAUUUGACGUCUACGAAAAUGUGGACUGCACUUACAUUGUCAUGGAGCUUUGUGAAGGAGGGGAACUUAUGGACAAGAUAAUAAAGUCCUCAAUUUUCAAUGAAGAAUAUAUAAAAAAUAUUAUGUUUCAAAUUUUGUGUGCCAUAGCAUAUAUGCAUAGCAACAACAUUGCCCACAAGGACUUGAAACCUGAGAAUAUUCUGUUCAAAUCCAAGGGAGAUGAUACAUUAAAGAUUAUUGACUUUGGACUAGCUGAACUGAUUAACCACACAGAGGGAGUUAGCAAAACUGCUGCAGGGACUGUUCUCUACAUGGCACCCGAAGUGUUUAAAAAAAAAUUUACCAUCAAAUGUGAUAUAUGGUCAGCUGGAGUUAUUAUGUUUUUUUUGUUUUCCAAAAAUUUGCCCUUUUGUGGGAACACCUAUGAUGAGAUUAAGCUGAGCAUAUUCAAGGACGAGCCUGACUACAAGAGCUUGAAGGGCCGGCUGUCUCAGCCCGGGCUGCACAUCUUGAAACUCAUGCUGGAGAAGGACCACACCCGGCGGCCCAUGGCGGCAGUGCUCCUGCACCACCCCUGGUUCCAGGGCUUCCUAGAUCCAGUCCAAAUUAACCCAAGCACACUCAGCAACAUAAAGGCCUACAUGAAGCAAUCCAACAUCAGGAACAUCAUAGUGAACAUAAUGGCCCACGAGCUUAGCGUAAUAGAUAGCCACUUAAAGUACAUCAACGAGCUCUUCUGCAAAAUAGACACCAAUCAUAAUGGCUCGCUCAGCCACGGGGAAAUUUAUGCCGUGCUGGCCAAUGCGGGCAUCAAGAAGUGGGACAUCAACCGAAUUGUCCAGGCGCUGGACAUCAACGACCGGGGCAGCGUCACCUACACGGAGUUCAUCGCCGGGUGCUACCGAUGGAAGGACAUAGAAUCCACUUUCUUGAAGGCGGCCUUCAACAAGAUCGACAAGGACGAAGAUGGCUACAUCAGCAAAAGCGACAUAGUAACGCUCGUGCAGGACAAGGUCAUCGAGAGUCACGACGUGGACAACUUUUUCACUUCCGUGUUCCUUGUGAAGAAGGGCUUAUCUUGCGAGCGGCGCGCGAACAGGAUAAACUUCGAAGACUUUAAGGAGUACCUUUUAAGCACGUUUUAG